UUCUCUCACACAGCUUCCACAGCCAUAGCAGCGGGUAGGAUCAGAGCAAGCAGAGCACACUCACACCCAGCUGAGGUCCACCUGUCCUGCUGCUUUUCACGGCUUACUUAUCAGAGGAAGGGACUGACCGGUGACCCGCCACCAUGUUUAAGGGUAAAAGCAAGAAGACCGCAUCUAUAACUCCUGCUUCUACGCAGCAAAAAACAACUACCACAACGGAACUUGCUGCUCUUAUUGAGAAGCUGCAGAAGAGUGCUGAUAAGGUGGAGAAAAACAUCUACGAUAUUGAACAGAACCUCAACAAGGAUGUGAGUAAGAUCAACGAUGGCAAGCAGCCUUUGUAUCGGGAGGAUACUAACAAGAGAAUCCUUAAUUCUGUGGAGCUGCUUGAUAGCCUGGAUGAGGACGUUCGCAACACCAAGCGCCUCCAGCAUCCACAGGCUGAGAUGAUAGAACAAGACAUGUUUCAGCUGCGAGAGAGAGUGAAUAAGCUGAAGGAGGAGCAUGAUCGGAUCUACCACCUGAGCCGCACUGAGGGGAUGCCCAGCGUUAACUGGGGCAACAUAAUGGAAGACAAAAUGGAAAACCUGAACAACAAGGGCUACGGCCAGGAUCUGUCCACUGUGGAGAGUGAGGUGGAGGAACACAAUAUCUUCCACAGCGAGGUGGAGGCUCUGGCUCCCCACAUUUCUAUUGGUGGAGACAAGGAAUACAUCAACGGCCUCCAGAUGAAGUACAGCAAACUGCUGGCCAGCUCUAGUGCUCGUCAGCGCUACCUGGUGACCCUGCGGGACUACAUGCAGCGUUGCACUAAUGAUCUGUUUUGGAUGGACCAGCAAGCGGAGGAGAGGUUUAACUAUGACUGGAGUGACACCAACCUGGACUAUCCUGCCCGACAGAGGCAGUAUGAGAACUUUAUCAGUAAAUGUCUGGAGGCCAAGGAGGCUACCAUCACCAAGCUGAAUGACGAUGGAAAGAGUCUGAUUGCAGCACAACACCCAGGGAAUAAUGUCAUAGAGGCACAUAUGGAGGCAGUCCACGCUGACUGGAAAGAGUACCUCAACCUGCUCAUCUGUGAGGAAAACCAUCUAAAGCAAAUGGAUGAAUAUCACAAGUUUCACAAGGAAGCCCGCGACACACAGGACCUGCUGAAGCGGCUGGAUACAGAUGUCAACCAAAAGUACAACCCGGAGUUCAAAGAUGUUUAUCAGUUGGAGAGCCUGAUCUCAGAGCUGGAUGACCAAGCCAAGGCUGUGGAGCACUUUGAUGAGCGGGUCAAAGCUCUUCAGAAGCGUAGUCUUCAGGUUUUGCCUCUGAAGUACCGAAGAGAAACACCCCAGAAGCUGCUGCCCAUCGAAGCUCUGUGUGAGUUUGACGCAGACGAGGGGCAAAUCUUGCGUGGGGAAAGGUACACCCUGCUCCGGAACAAUGGGGCUAAAUGGGAUGUGAAGGAUGCGGCUGGACGUAAAAUCACUGCCCCGGGCGUCUGCUUCAUGAUCCCACCUACUGACCCAGAGGCGGUGGCCAUUUCUGACAACUUGGCUAGUCAGCAAAAAGCUCUUAAACAAAAGAUGGCGUCCAGCAAAGCAACGCUACAGAAACGAUAUGAUGUGCUGAAGAAGGAGAGUGGAGCAGGCACAGCUACAGACAAGGAGGAACAGCAGUGCCGCCAGCUGAUGGCUGGUCUCGAUAAGGUGGUCAGUGACCUGGACAAACAGGAGAAAGCUAUUUACACUCGAGUGCGCCCACCGCUGGAGCAGAACAGGCCACUGCAGGACAGUGCUGACCGCCUCCAGGAUAUGAGGGAUAUUGCUGCUGCUGUCAGUAGGGUUGAACCAGAGAAGACCUCUAAAGUUGCGGAGGCAAAAACCUUCUUGACUUCAAACCCGAGGUGCACUAGCGCUCCUCAGCUUCACAGCAAGAUGGAUGAGGCCAACAAGAAGUACACAAAGAUAGAUCAGCUUCUUCAGUGUUCUCAGGAGAAACUGAAGAAUUCCAACCAGCUGGAGACAUCUCUUCAGAAUGGGAAGACUUUACUGUCUACCUACGAGAACAAGCUGGCCAGGGAGGAGGUUGCUCCAGCUGACAUCCUCUCAUUGGAGAAGAUGCAGAAAGAACUUGCUGAUAUGGGAGCAGACCUGAGGCCCCAGAGAUCAGUGAUUUCAGAGACGGAGCAGAACCUGCGCUUGGCCAAAAGCAGCUGUGAUACCAUGGCCAACAACUUUCAGGAGCAUUGUCCUGAUAUUGAAAGACAGGAGGCUGAUGUCCAGAAACUCAGCAAGCGCUACAACAACCUCAACAGACAGAUUGAUUACAGGUCUCAAAGCUUGCAGAGGGCCAAGAUGGCUUACAAGAAUUACCAGAAUGAUUAUGACAACCUGAACACCUGGCUGUCUCGUGUCCCAAAUUAUGAGCCCCGUGAAACUGAUGACCCGAGACAACUGGAAGCCAAGCUGAAGAAUCAGAGGAACUUGCUCUCUGACAUUACAAGAAAGGAAUCAGACUUGAACAAUAUCUCCAAAAAUGCCCAGCUAUACCAGCAGGCCAUCAAGGACUAUGAGAGUGAGACUGAGAAAUUUAGAUCCAUUCUUGAUCUUGAGGAUGGACUUGUACCUCAGUCCUACAAGAGGAGCAGAGUGGAAUCACCUGCUCUGGCAGUAAAGGCAGAGGAAGCUGCUAUUGAAACAAAGUUCACAGAGGUGAAUGCUGUGAGCAAACAAAGGCUGCAGAAUCUUGAGUUUGCCCAAAGUCUUCUUAGCCAGCAACCUGAAAUUCCUCUUAUCCAGUCUAGCAAUGUGAAAUCAGUCAAUGCUGCUGCCCCAGGAGGGGAGCCAUGGCGAAUCAGAAAGCAGCUGGAAGAUGAGACUCACAGGAGAGAGCAGCUAGAAAAAGAAAUUGAGACCAUUCAGACUGACAUUUACCUCCUGGAAGGACAAAAGCCCGAAGACACAAUUGUCAAGAAGGAGCACAUUAAAAAGGUAGCAGACCCACAGUUGGAUGAGGAAAUACACAAGGUUCACCAGAAGCUCUCGGAGGAGCGGCGCACCACCCAUGUGCUGGAGAAUGACCUAGAGAUCCUCAAGCUGAAACUACGUGGCCUUGAGACAGAGGUCAAAGAAGGAGCACAGCAGUACACAGUCAAAGAGGUUUUGCGCAUUGAAAGAGACCGUGGUCAGGAGGAGGAGGUUCGCACGCUUCGGGAUGAGCUAGAAGAGCUAAGAAGACACAAGAUGUUGAAAGAUAAUGAGCUUAUUCAGAUCCAAAAGCAGGUUACCCUACUAGCUGAGCAGAAAAACAGGGAACAGGAAGUAAUCACUGAGGAGGAAGUGAUCAAAGUCCAGAAUGACCCCCAACUUGAGUCAGAGUACCGACUUCUCCUUGACAGGAAACAGAAAGAAAUGGAUAACAGAAAGCAGUUGGAGGAUGAGCUGCAGUUCCUGCAGGAGAAGCUCAGAAGGUUAGAGAAGGAGAAAGAAAUUGCUGAGGAGAAGAUUUCCAUCAAGGAGGUGCUUAAAGUAGAGAAAGAUGUUGUCUUUGAAAGAGAGGUAGAAAACCUCAGAAGACAGUAUGAGGAUGAGAAGGCCAGACGAAGAUCAUCACAACGGGAGAAGACAGACCUCCAUAGGAAAAUUCAGAGCCUGGAGGAAGAGAAAUCUAAGGUUGUGGUUCAGGAGAAGAUGCGUGAGAUUGUCCGCCCUGACCCCAAGGCUGAGAAUGAAGUGGCCAACCUCCGUCUUGAAGUUGUAGAGCAACAGAGGCGCUACAGAGAUGCUGAUCUCCAACUGAAAUCCCUGCAGGAUGAGCUGACUAUGCUGAGGAACAGAGGACCUCAAGUGGAAGUUAAAGAGAUCAUUAAAGAAGUAAUCAAAUACAAGACUGAUCCACAGACUGAAAAAGAGCUGGAGAGACUUCGCAAUGAAAUUGUUGAUAAAACUCACCUGACAGAGAAAUCUGAGAUGGAAAUCCGUCAACUCCGGGAUGAGAUUGAAAGAUGGAAGGCAACUAAACCGCAAAUACAGACUAAAGAAGUGGUCAAUGAAGUGUUGCAGUACCGAGAAGAUCCCAAGACUAAAGAAGAGAUCGAAACUUUGAAAAGGAAGCUGGCUGAUGAACAGAAGAAACGUCUUGAUCUUGAGAGUGAACGGUCAACUCAAGAAGAGAAGAUUAGACUGAAGAAGAUUGAUCUGUCUCAGGUGCGAGAAAAGGUUGUUCAGCAAGAAGUGGUCAAGAUGAAAGAAGAUCCUGUUCUCAAGUCAGAGUGUGAGACAUUCCAACAAAGCAUCAACAGCGAGCAAAAACAAAGAGAGAACCUUAAAUCAGAGCUCUUCCAACUGCAGAGACAGAUUGCUGACCUGGACCUGCAACUGGAGGAACUAGAGCGUGAGCGCAGGGCAAGGCGUGAUGCAGAGCUGGAGAUCCAGAGACUUCGCAUCAGACUCAAUGAGUUGGAGAUCCGGGACAAAGAGAACCGUGAAAAGGUGACUGUCAAACAGAAGGUUGUACUGCAGCAGGAUCCCCAACAGGAGAAGGAACAUUCCAUCCUCAAACUACAGCUAGAUGAAGAGCGACACAAGCGCACCCUGCUCGAGAAAGAAUUGAACGCCCUCAGUCAGCAGCAACGUACCCUGGAGAAGAUGGAUGUGAAGGAAAGAGUUGUCCGCACUGAGAAAGUGCAAGUGGAGAGGGACCCAGAGGCUGAGCUUGAGAUUGAGAACCUAAGGAGAACUUUAGAAGAUGAGAAAAGGAGAAGGCGUGAUCUUGACCAGGAGCUGUCUUUGCUCACCUCCAAGCUCUCUGAUAUGGAAUUUGCAAACACGAAGUCUACUAAAGAACUUGACUACAUCCGUGACGAAAGUAGCCAACUCCAACAAGAAAACCAAAGGCUGCAGAAUGAGAUCCGCAAACUUCGGUCAGAAAUUGAUAUCACCUACAAAGAGACUCGACUUAUCACUGAGUCUGCACCAAGGGAGGAUGGCAGGAACUUGGAGUUGAGGCUUGACUCACUUCAGAAGGAACUAACAGAUCUGAAAAGCAUAACAACCCAAAAAGACAAGGAGAUUGAAAAGCUUAAGAAGAACCUGGCAGCAGUGAGGAUGAAGAGAGAGCAAAGGGAAAGCCACCUCCGCAGAUCCAUUGUUGUUAUUGAUCCUGAUACAGGAAAGGAGAUGCGACCAGAAGAGGCGUACCGUCUAGGGUUGAUCGACUGGAAGAUGUUUGUUAAUCUGCAGAGCCAGGAGUGCGAUUGGGAGGAGAUCACAGUUAAAGGCCCAACUGGAGAAUCCUCUGUGCUUCAUGACAGAAAAUCAGGGAAGAAGUUCUCCAUUGAUGAUGCACUGCGUCUUGGGCACAUCACAAAUCAACAGCUUCAGCAGUACACAGACAAAAAAAUAACCAUUCAGGAGUUUGGUGUAAUGGUGUCUGCCGCGCAAAAGUAAACCUCUCAACGGCCUCCCUGCUGUUCUCUAUCUUGUCACUCUGGCAUUAGGACUGCAGCUUAAAUUUCCAAGCUACAUUAUGUAUUCAUUUUCUUAUGCAUAUUCAGUUUUGUCGCACUGAAUACCUGGUUUGUUAGAAGUACCGUUACAGCCACUAGUUUAUCUUCAAGCUAAUCAGGGUCCCCUGAUUAGCUUGAAGAUAAACUUUUAUUUCUCUGAGUAGGUAAAAGGGUUGGUGGUUUAUCUUUCAUUUGAUCAUUGUACUGGGAUUAAAAUGUAUCCUUUAUUCAUGGGGAUUCCCUAUGUUUAUAUGCUGUUCAUUCAUCAAACUGUGUACUCAUCAAGCUUUAAUAAAAUUUCUUUUAAUCUGA